AUGCUGCAACGAAGAGGAUUUCUGUUGGGGCGCGUUCUUGACGAUACGAACGUUGGGAGUGUCUUGCGAACAAUGAAACACGUGGAGCGCAGGCGUGUUGCCAGGGCGCAGGCCAAAAAGGCUGCAGAGGGCACGAACCCCUACAAUAAGGCUCAAUACAUCAAUGCCUUUGUUGAGGCACAGAGCGCCAGAAUGACACACGAGCAAAUUUUGAAAGAAGGCGCUGUUGAAGAGCAGUCGUUAAUGGCCGUUGUGAAUGCCGCCCGCCCAUCCGUCGUCGUGGGAUCACAUAACGAUGUGCUGCCGGGCGGGGCGGCGGCUGAUGGGGUUGCAUUUGGCUCAUGGCGUGAGGGAAAUCCUGCGUUGGAGCGUGUUUGCAUGUCGAUGGACCGCAACCUCCAUUGUAUUCUGCGGGGGGCGAUGACACCACCCGCGUUUUCGCCAGAGGCCCUCCAACGCAACGCGCCCACACGCCUCGAGAGCGUCCAACGGCUGCUGCGGCUCCUCCACGCAGAGGAACAUGAGCGGUGGUCGAAGGUGCGACUAAAUGCCUUUUCGAAUCGCAUGGAAUCUUGCUUAAAAUCUGUGUGCGGGGAGGAUUUUGGCAUGAGGCAGCGACUGAUGGCAGUGCUUCUUCAGUCCGCCGCCAUGCAGAGUUGGGAACUGGCGUUUCAACUAUACCACGAUUACUUCCUGCCGUCUUUAAAGGAGCAACGACGACGAGUAGAAGAAGAUGGUCGUAUGACGGGGAUUGAAGCUGCCACCUCGGCUCUGGUUGCAGUCCUCUGCGAGACUAUCCGAUGUCACCAUCAGGCAGGGACUCGGGCAAUUGGCUCCGGCCCGUCAUUCAACACCGUUGCCGGGCUGGCAAGUUCAUCCACAUUUAUUCUGUUGCCUGUUGCUGCCGCCCCGUUGUUUAGUGUCCUUCAGCCAAGUGGUAAUGCGACAUGGCAGAGUGUUCUUGAGCUCACACAGCGCUUUCAACCACAUGGAUCUAAGCGGAUGUAUCUUCCUUCCAUUGCGUGGGGGGAGAUGCUGCGAGCGAUGCAUCGUAUGGGUGCAUCCCUGGCGGAGGUGCAGGGUGUUGUUGACAUCAUCACGGAUCCCAGUCGCACCAAAAACGCCGAGAAACACAUGCGGGACACGCGUCUCUGGAACGCGUACAUUUCGGUCAGUGACUGGCAACAUGCGCUUGAUGUGUACUCUAACAACUUGCCUCACUACGGUGUGAAGGAAACAGCGGCAACAAACGCUGCAUUGAUGGAGACGCUUCUGCGCGACGGGCGGUGGGGACAGGCGUUGGAUGUCUUCCGCCGCUUGCAAAAGAAGGAAGGACAACUCAUCAUAGGUACCUCCAGCGUUUUCACCGCGGUUUUUCGUGCUCUUGAGCAACAGGGCGAUUGGCACGCCGUGACCUCGCUUGUGAUGGACUUUGAUCACUUCCUUGUUCAUUUUGGCGUCUCGCACGACCACUGGCUCGCCUCACCACUGAGGGAGGCGCUACAGAGGCCUCAACAUCUUCGGGAUGACUCAUGCGUGACGUGGGUGGCGUGGGUGAGGGAAUUGCCAGAGUGGAGUCAUGUCACCCGCGAGCUGGCGCAUGCAAUGGAGGCUGCCCUUAUUACAUGCGACACGCGGAAGUCGCGAGACAAUGAGCAGCGAGAGCAGCAGGUGGGGCAGGAGUCGACAGCCGGGAUGGGGGCCAUUCCUGACGACAUCAUGACCGCGGAGGGGCUUCACGACCUCAUGUGA